GCACCGAUAAAUGGAUGUCGUUGUGAGCCCCUGAUAAAUAAACUGGAGAAUCAGCUGGAGGCAACAGUGGAAGAGAUAAAAGCUGAGUUUGGGACAGUACAAGAUAAGAUGAAUGUUAAGCUGGGCCAGAUGGAAAGCAAAACUCAACAUCAACUCCGUGUUUUAGACAAGCUUAUGGCUGAGCGGCUGUCUGCGGAGAGAACAGAGUGCCUUCACCGCCUGCAACAGCACACUGAGCUGGAAAAAAAUGAGGGGGAGAAACGGCAGAUUUCCUUGGUCGAUGAGCUGAAGACUUGGUGCAUGUUGAAGAUUCAGAAUCUGGAGCUCAAGCUUUCUGGAGAUUCCAGGUCAUCAAGACCAAAAUCAACUUUGUCCACUUGUGAGUCUCUCACCGAGACCCUGGAUACUGAGAACAACCCCCACAGUGCCAAGGACUGUAAAGCCAACCAGCCCAUGCUGCAGUCAGAGGACUCCCACCAGCAUUCCUAUAUCACACUCCCAAAUAGCCUCUCGGAAGAUGGGGGAAGGAGCAGAGUCCAGAUGCCAGAACAGAGCUUUGGGCAACAUUUUUGCAUUCAACAAGAUGGCGCGUCAGGUACAGAGCAACAGUUAAUCGUUGGCAGACCAGUUUCUUCUGCCCCUGCUCAAGAUGUCAGGCCAAAGGACAAAGCUGUCAGUGCCAGCACAUUCCACAGGUUCCAGCAGGAGCUGCCCUCCUCCGAGCUUUUGGGGUCCAAAUUAAGACACGUUAAGGUUCAAGCUGCUUUGCAGCCCUUGACUGAACCUGCAAAGACUGAACCACAGAGCGGCUACUUCAUUGACAAAGGAACUCAGACAAAGAAGUCCAGCAAAAGCGGGCAGUCAAGGCACAAAGCUCUGCACCACGCCGGGGCACAUCAGAGCCAGGAGCAGCAGCCCUCCGUCCUGCCUGCGGGACAGCCAUCUGCCCCUGCGCUCAGAGACACCUCCCAGGCCCUGGAGAUAACACAGUACUUCUUCGAGGCUGUUUCCACACAGAUGGAGAAGUGGUAUGAACGGAAGAUAGAAGAAGCCCGAUGCCAAGCGAAUCAGAAAGCGCAGCAAGACAAAGCUGCGCUCAAGGAACAUAUUAAAAGCUUAGAAGAGGAGCUCAGCAAAUUAAGGACUAAGGUGCAGAAAGAGAGCUAG